UAGAUUUCAACGAGUCAACAUGUUCAAUCUGGCCGUGUUCUUCGCUCUUCUGGUGGUAGGCCUAGUUCGCUUCUUCAUAAACCGGAGCAAACUGCAGCAACUGGCCAAGAAUUUAGCCGGUCCAAAGCCAGCCUUCUUAGUCGGAAAUUUGCUACAGUUCCCGAAGGACAUUGGUGGCAUCUUACGUCGGAUGGUUCACUACCACGAGGAAUUCGGAGCGGACGUUGUGACGUGGGGCAUUGGCAACACUCUGAAGUUCAAUAUUAGCAGUACCCAAAAUGUGGAAAAAGUUUUGAUGGCAAAAACUGUGCAGAAGUCGCUGUCGUACAGCUUCAUCGAACCCUGGCUCGGUAAGGGAUUACUGACUUCAUCCGGGAGAAAGUGGUUCCAGCGGAGGAAAACCAUUACGCCCACGUUUCAUUUCAAGAUUUUGGAAGGGUUUGUUGAGGUGUUCAACCGAAACGCGGAUACUCUGAUCGAUAAGUUAAAAGUGCACGAUGGAGGGGCGGAGUUUGACAUCUAUAGUUACGUAUCGUUGUACGCAUUGGACAGUAUCUGUGAAACGGCGAUGGGCGUCCAAGUGCGAGCUCAAGAUGAUCCAGAGAACGAAUACGUUCGGGAUGUGAAUCGCAUGACAGAACUGAUUCUGUUGAGAAUUUUUUGUUUCCUGGGAAUGUUUCCCACGCUGUACUGGUAUCUGCAUCCGAACGCUUGGGAGCAGCGUAGAUUAGUUCAAAGACUACAUAAGUUUACGGAUGCUGUAAUCUGGAAACGACGGGAGCAACUGAUGAAUGGACAUCAAGAAGGUGAAGUGGAGAACUGUACUGAGUCAAAGAAGAAACAAACUUUUCUGGAUCUCCUGCUUUGCAUGACCAUCGAUGGUCAACCCCUAUCGAAUGAAGAUAUUCGAGAGGAAGUAGACACAUUCAUGUUCGGAGGCCACGAUACUACCUCAUCUGCCAUUUCAUUCACCAUAAUGCAACUUGCAUUACAUCAAGACAUUCAGGAUAAACUGUACAUGGAAUUCAUGUCCAUCUUGAAAGGAUCUAACAGCAAAACAACUAAUCUCACUUACAACGACAUCCAAGAGUUCAAAUACCUUGAUCUCAUAGUUAAGGAGUCCCUCCGGCUACUCCCACCCAUAUCCUACGUAGGGCGGAAGCUCACCGAAGACACUGAACUCAACGGAGCCACCAUACCGGCAGGGCAAGACAUAUUCAUCCCCAUAUACAUGGUGCAUCGGAACCCGAAGGUAUACCCAGAUCCAGAACGCUUUAUCCCGGAGCGAUUCGCCGAUAAUGGUGACCAGAAUCGGCGUGGGCCCUACGAUUACAUCCCAUUCAGCAUCGGGUCGAGAAACUGCAUUGGGCAGAAGUACGGCAUGUUGCAGCUGAAGAUGACAGUUGUUCGGCUAAUUGCCAACUAUCGAGUGCUACCGAGUGAGACGACAGGGAGCGUGAAAUUACGAACCGAUUUGGUGCUACGACCGGAGUGUGGCAUUCCGAUAAAGAUAGUGGCGAGAGAUUGAAGAGCUACUCGUAGCGAGC